GCGCAAUGGCGGCGCCCACAGGCAGGGUCACGCAGUUUGAACCGGAAGCAAUCGCUCUCUUCCGCUUAGCCCCACCCGGAAGUUACCGAACUCUUCCGGAAGUGAGCCGCCUCUGUGGAUGGGGGCUCCUGCUCGUCGGACGCCACCGCGGAGCAGACGGAGCCGCCGCACCGGGGAAUGGUGAGGCCGCGGGGCCGCCGCGUCCGGACGUGCUGGACUCCGGACUGAUGGCGUCAGGCACGGCGAGCCGCUCUGAAGACGAGGAGUCGCUGGCGGGACAGAAAAGGAGCUCAUCGCAGGUCUCGGGCACCAUCCCCAAACGGCGGAGCUCCUCCAGGUUCAUCAAGAGGAAGAAGUUUGAUGAUGAGCUGGUAGAAAGCAGCCUCGCCAAGUCGUCCAGCCGGGCCAAGGGGCCCAGUGGGGUGGAGCCAGGCCGCUGCUCGGGCAGCGAGCCCUCCUCCAGCGAGAAGAAGAAGGUCUCCAAAUCCGUCUCUGCACCCGUCACCCCGAGCCCGGUCCCGAACCCCAGCCUCCCCAAGCGGAUGAAGAAAAGCAAACAGCCCCUGCAGGUGACGAAGGACUUGGGCCGCUGGAAGCCUGCGGAUGACCUGCUGCUCAUCAAUGCCGUGCUGCAGACCAACGACCUGACCUCGGUCCACCUGGGCGUGAAGUUCAGCUGUCGCUUCACCCUGCGGGAGAUCCAGGAGAGGUGGUACGCGCUGCUCUACGACCCGGUCAUCUCCAAGCUGGCCUGUCAGGCCAUGCGACAGCUGCACCCCGAAGCCAUCACCGCCAUCCAGAGCAAGGUGCUGUUCAGCAAAACCGAGGAGCAGCUGCUGAGCAAGGUGGGAUCGACCAGCCAGCCCACGCUGGACACCUUCCAGGACCUGCUGCACAAGCACCCCGAGGCCUUCUACCCGUCGCGCACGGCCAAGGCCCUGCAGCUCUACUGGCAGCUGAUGAAGCAGUACUACCUCCUGGACGACCAGACAGUGCAGCCGCUGCCCAAGGGGGACCAGGUGCUGAACUUCUCGGACGCGGAGGACAUGAUAGACGACAGCAAGCUGAAAGACGUGCGGGACGAGGUGCUGGAGCAUGAACUGACCGUGGCCGACAGGCGCCAGAAGCGGGAGAUCCGGCAGCUGGAGCAGGAGCUGCACAAGUGGCAGGUGCUGGUGGACAGCAUCACGGGAAUUAGCUCCCCGGACUUUGACAACCAGACGCUGGCUGUGCUGCGGGGGAGGAUGGUGCGUUACCUCAUGCGCUCCCGAGAGAUCACACUGGGCAGAGCCACGAAGGACAAUCAGAUCGACGUGGACUUGGCGCUGGAGGGCCCUGCCUGGAAAAUCUCCCGCAAACAAGGCGUCAUCAAGCUGAAGAACAACGGGGAUUUCUUCAUCGCCAACGAGGGCCGGCGCCCCAUCUACGUGGACGGGCGCCCGGUGCUGGGCGCCAGCAAGUGGAAGCUCAACAACAACUCGGUGGUGGAGAUCGCCAGCCUGCGCUUCGUCUUCCUCAUCAACCAGGACCUGAUCGCCCUCAUCAAAGCCGAAGCUGCCAAGAUCCCCCAGCAGUGAGGAGCUGGGCCCGGCCCCUGCUACUGUCCGGUGACUGCAGGAGGCUGGGGCUGGGGCCGCCCGCUCCCCUCUGGCUGGGGGCAGGGCCCGGGGCCGGCUGCACACUGUUCCCUUCCAAAUAAAUGUGUCCAACCUGC